AAAGUGCAUCACAGUCCCUGAAUUUCUUCUUACAGAGUUGUACAGAGAGAGAAAAAUGACAUUUUUCACUGCUCAGUGCUGCGUUUCCCUUGCAUCGUUUGAACCAUAUCAAAUCAAUUCAUGUGUUGAUUCCUUUCUCUUUUUCUCGGUCAGCGUCUGACAACUGGCCCGAUCACGUGUGCGGCCACACAUGUCCAGCGUCUCGGCCAGCAGCCGCUGCUCGUUCCAUUUUUCCAAAACUCCACGGGCUCUUUCACUGAUCGGGCCCUUCUCCAUUGGGAAAUACCAUGGCAACGGCGCUGGCGAGAGCUGACCUCGACUAUCGCAACAAACACGAUGCAGAAACACACACACACACACACACACACACUGCCGCCGCUGUCCCCGGAGCAGAAUUGGGCGAUUGACAUACUGCAUCCCCCGCGGCCUCGGGCACUGGCUGGCCAGAACUGAGCUGCAAUCAAAGCAGACACACAAGUCGAACUUUAUUAUCAAGCACUCGAUGCCCGACCGCAGGAGGAGUCACAGGUCCGCCGAAGAACGCCGAGUGCAGGGGAGAGACGUGCAGGGAUCGCAGACAGAUUUUCGGGGCAGCGGGAGCGUUGUGGCUUCCUCUGGGCCUGGGGGUGCAGUCAUUUCUUUUUCUUUUUCUUAUUUCUGUGGGGGGCGGUUUGGUUGGAGUUCCAGGACUUUUGCCAUGUGGUGAGCUGAAGGCCAAUGACCUGACGAAGGACUGACGGAGAAACCUGUCAGCUUUUCUGCCGAGUCCCGACUCUGUCCAGCCAAGAUCCAAACCCCGGGCCGGGGCAUUUCACCGUCUCAGCCCGUGAGGACCCCCCCCCCCCCCCCCCCCCCCCCCCCCGAGCCCAUUGGUCCGCAGUGUUCCCGCGAUGGGGAAGACCGGGCAGAGCACAGUGGACUUGAACUCCCCGACAGAGGUCAAGCAGGCCGUGCCCUUUGAGGAGCUGGACGCCGCGGCGCCCCCUGCAGACAAAAAGACGAAAACAGAGGAGCCCCCCGAGAGGGGCAGCUGGAAGGGCAAGUUUGACUUUCUGCUGUCGUGUGUGGGAUACGCCAUUGGUUUAGGAAACGUCUGGAGGUUCCCUUAUCUCUGUGGCAAGAAUGGAGGAGGCGCCUUCCUGAUCCCGUACUUCCUGACCCUGGUGUUUGCUGGGAUACCGCUCUUCUUACUGGAGACGUCUCUGGGACAGUUCACCUCCGUGGGAGGGCUGGGAGUGUGGAAACUGCUCCCUAUGAUGAAAGGUGUUGGCCUGGCUUCAGUGGUGCUCUCCUUCUGGCUCAACAUCUACUACAUCAUCAUCAUUGCCUGGGCACUCUACUACUUAUUCAACUCCUUUGGUUCGGAGCUGCCCUGGCAAAGCUGUGAUAACCCCUGGAACACAGAGAAAUGUUUUUCCAACUACAGCCUGACAGACACCACCAACUUGACCAGCGCCGUCACCGAGUUCUGGGAGCGUAACAUGCACCAGCUGUCCAACGGUCUGGAGGAGCCAGGAGAGGUGCGCUGGCCCUUGGUGGGCACUCUGGCGCUGGCCUGGGUCCUCGUCUACUUCUCAAUCUGGAAAGGAGUGGAGUGGACGGGGAAGGUGGUGUACUUCUCAGCCACCUAUCCCUACUUCAUGCUGUUCAUCCUGUUCUUCCGAGGGGUCACCCUGCCCGGGGCCAUCGACGGGAUCCGCUUCUACAUCACCCCGGACUUCAACAAGCUCGUCCGCUCCGAGGUGUGGCUGGAUGCGGCGACUCAGAUCUUCUUCUCCUACGGCCUGGGCCUGGGCUCGCUCAUCGCACUGGGAAGCUACAACCCUUACCACAAUGACGUCUACAAGGACUCCAUCAUUGUGUGCUGCAUCAACUCCUGCACGAGCAUGUUCGCCGGCUUCGUCAUCUUUUCCAUCGUGGGCUUCAUGUCGUACGUCACGAAGAAACCUGUGCAGGAAUUAGCAGCAUCCGGUCCAGGUCUGGCUUUUUUGGCUUAUCCUCAGGCCGUCACCCAGCUGCCCAUGUCCUCCCUGUGGGCCAUCCUCUUCUUCUCCAUGCUCAUGAUGCUGGGCCUGGACAGUCAGUUCUGCACGGUGGAGGGCUUCAUCACCGCUCUGAUGGACGAGUAUCCCCUGGUGCUGAGGAAGAGGAAGAAGGUCUUCAUCCUGAUCGUCUGCUUCAUCUCCUUCAUCAUCGGCUUCUCCAACAUCACACAGGGUGGUCUGUACGUGUUCAAGCUGUUUGAUUACUACUCCGCCAGUGGCAUGUGUCUUCUCUUCCUGGUCUUCUUCGAAACCAUCUCCAUAUCUUGGCUUUACGGAGCCGAGAGAUUUUAUAAGGACAUCGAAGACAUGAUCGGCUAUCGGCCGUGUGCCUGGUGGAAGCUCUGUUGGAUGUUCUUCACGCCGAUGAUCUGCCUGGGGGUGUUUACGUUCAGUGCCAUCGAGAUGACCCCUCUGACCUUGGGCAAGUAUGUGUACCCGCUGUGGGGCCAGGCGAUUGGCUGGCUAAUGGCGUUGUCCUCCAUGGUGCUGAUCCCGUGCUACGUCAUCUACAUGUUCUGCACCACCAAGGGCAGCAUCAAACAGCGUUGGCGGAAGAUGACAACUGCCCGCGAGGAUGAAAAGCCAUCGGGGCACGAGGAAUUCACACACGCGGGGAGCGUGGGCGAAGCUCCGGUCUAGCCGGCAUUGCUCAGCGCAAAGUAACCUUUCCGACGUUUCCCCCCCUCCCGUCUGCCAGGACUGACUGUGGUCGACACUGAAAUUUGACAAUCGAGCAGAUGGGGUCUCGUAUCGUACUUUAACACGACGUUGUCCGUCAUCUUAAAUUGUGCCCAAAAUUCAGGCAAACACAAGAGGAAGAUGAGGAGACACUUUUGGAUAAAUGUACACAUUUUUUUUUGCAGUUAAAUCCCCAAUUACAAAUUGAAGGCUUGAUCCGCCAUGAACCAUGUGUACAUAGACCACGUAGGCAAUAUACUCUAUUUAACCUUCACCCUGCUUGUACAUUCUAUCUACCACUCAACAAAAUCAGUGUCUUUGUCUUUGCGCACAGAUGUAAGGAAUGUUGUCGUACAGGGAAAUGAAUCAGUCAGGUAAAACUUGAUUCGAGGCAUGAUACUGUAAUCCAUCAAAUGUUAUUUGCUUAUGUUGCAGGUUAAGGAACCAACCAGCCACUGUGAUAACCUCAAUAUCACAUUGACCAUUACUUGUUUUUGGACCUUAUUACAAUUUGUGUUGCAUUUGCCGAUCCAAAUCGACAGAACUUAAAAAGAAAGAGAAUUAAAACAUUAGGAGCCAUAAUUGGAAUGUGAUUGAAGUUGUAAAGGCAAUUUAACAUCAAAUAUAAUAGAACUGUAAAUAUAUUGUCACUGUAUCAAAUGUUUUUUUUUUAUCAAAUUAAAUUAAAUACAUUUUUUGGGGAAUAUGUAAAAUGACACGUUUAUAAGAUUUACCCAGACAAUUCAGUUUUUUUUCUUUUCUCAUGUCAAUAAAAAGGAAUUAACAUAAGCAAUAGACACAAA